AUGGAUGACAAUAGCGAUGGGCUCUUCCAAGAACUCGAAAAGAAUUACUGCCCGCCUCUUGACCCAGCUUUGUUCACGGCUAUCGUCUCCGACUUUGAUCUCACGGAUCAUGCGCAGGUUCAACAGCUCCGCGAAACGCUGGAUACGCUCAAGUUAUCUGCCUGGGAGCAGGAGGACUUACCAUUUGAUCCAUCGGGGACAAGUGGGCUGAGUGUUGCGGUGAACGGAGUGGAUGCCCUGUCCGAGCACAGCACAUCGCGAAAUGGCACAAGGGAGACCGAUAUCACCAGCCUCACCUCGGAGUUGUCCUGCAUGAGUGUGGGCGGUGACAAUAAUGAUAAUAAUAUCGCGCGCGAUAGUAAUCUAUCCAAAAACAAGACUCAGCGAUCUUCGAUAGGGUAUAUCAUCGGCGCUGAUGGGUCUGUCAGUCUUUCUGGUGCCACGCUGGAGGACAAAGUGGUUUAUCUUUCGGAGAUGUUUCCAUCGGUUGACCUCUUUACCGUCCGGCAUACACUGAAGAAAUGCGACCAGGAUAUUGACCGUUCGAUGGACGUUUUGCUCAACCUCGCCUUCUUCGACGAGCUGCAGCCAGAAGAUGAUGAUGGAGUCAAGGUUUCUAUUCCGAAGGGCGUGGACGGCUUCGAGGAAGAAUCAAAUGGAGCAGUUGGUCCCAAGAAGCGACAGAAAAAGAAAAAGGCAAAGGGCCGGAAUGGAAAAAGCCGUGAGCAGCUGCAGUCUCUGUCCUCUCUGGACGAGCCCCAUUCGGCUGCCAACAAGUGGGAUGUCGGCAAGGCGGAUGUUGAUUUUAUCUAUUCGCGGACGUCUCCUCUCCUGAAGAGGGAAGCAGUUGCUUCGGCUUACCAUGCGAAUGGAGCCUCGUUGCCUGCAGCCAUUCGCUCUCUGGCUACCGCGAAUGCUCCCAAGGAAGAACACCAGAUUGGUGAUGAUACAGUGUUGGCCUCUCAGGUGGCUGAACUUGUGCAUGAAUUCUCUUCUGUGCCUCUAACUACCCUUGCUGGGUUACUCAAGAUUACGAGGGGCUCCAUCUCGGCCGCCAAUGAGCUAGCCACCGCCAUGGUCAAAGGUCCAUCGCCAGCUCCGCUGUCAGAAAUGAUCAAGAUUACUUCUCCACCGAUUGCUCUCGACGUAGACGAAGAGACUCCAAAGCGGAGCGCUGCUGGAUCGAGAUCGCUACGGAAUUACGACCUGGCCCACUACACCGCGGGGUCUUACUUCCUCGCCAGCGCGGAAGCAUUCUCAAAAGCAACAACAGCAUAUCGCCGAGGCAGGUCUGAUCGGCUGAUGGGUGGUGCAGCAGCUUAUUAUUCCGCCGUCGGACGCGAUCAUCUGGAGAAGGCGAAGCGGGAGGUCUCGGCCGCUGCGGACGCCUUGGUGGAUUCCCAGUCGACGCCGACGAUGCUAGAUCUACACGGUGUGGCGGUGCAAGAUGCCGUUCGCAUUGCCAAUAACAAAGUCGCGGAAUGGUGGGAUGCACAGGGUGAUGCGAAGUAUAUCCGGGGAGGGAACAAUCCUACCCGACAGGGAUAUCGGAUCGUCACUGGAGCCGGUCGACAUAGUCGCGAUGGAACUUCGCGUCUGGGUCCGGCUGUGGGGAAAAUGCUGGCUCGAGAAGGCUGGAGAUUCGAGGUCGACGAGGGCGUUCUCACCGUCGUUGGCGUCGUUAGACGUCGAUGA